CUGUUAUCACAACAGAUCAGACUUUGGCCGGAGAGAGUGAAGUUCUUCACUUCGGAGCACAUCUUUUUGUUCUUUUUACGGGUUUUUAAGGCUUUUUUAUCGUUGGACUUUGCACGCGUUACUUCCAGGAUGGUCAAGGUGUCUUUUAACUCCGCUCUGGGCCAGAAGGGUGAAAAGGACGCAGAAUCUCUUAUUCCCGAAGAGGACAAAGAUGUGGAGGCCGCCCCCCUGAUUCGCCCUGCGUCUCGCGCCUGGUGCUGCUGCAUGUGUCUUGGUUUGGCCCUCAUGCUGUCGGGGGUCGUUGUGGGCGGAGCCUAUCUGUACCGCUACUACAUCCUGGAGGUGAGACACCCAUCCAUAGCUGAGCUGGAAGACCAGCAUGGGCAGGUGUUUGUGUGCGGAAUGAACUACCGUGAGGAAGACUACAUGAUGCAGGAGGAAGAUGAGAUGGAGCUGGAUCUGCACCACAAGAUGCCUCUGUGGCGCCUGGAGCAGAGGAUCGAAGUCCUGGAGGCGGAGCAGGUGGCGCUGAUCAGCGUUCCCGUGCCCGAGUUCGGAUUAGGAGACCCGGCCGACAUCGUGCACGACUUCCAGAGGAGACUCACGGCCUACCUGGACCUGAGUCUGAACAAAUGCUACGUGAUCCCGCUGAACACCUCCGUCGUGAUGCCGCCCCGAGACUUCCUGGAGCUGCUCAUCAACGUUAAGGCGGGCACGUACCUGCCUCAGUCAUACCUGAUGCACGAGGAGAUGGUGGUGACGGAGCGCCUGGAGGACGUGGAGCAGCUGGGACACUUCAUCUACAACCUCUGCCGCGGGAAGGACACCUUCAAGCUGCAGCGCCGCGACCGCAUCUACGGUAUGCAGAAGCGCGAGGCUCUGGACUGCCACAAGAUCCGUCACUUUGAGAGCCGCGUUGUCGUGGAGACGCUGAUCUGCGAGGCUUGAGUGGUGUUUCUAACCCUUUCUACUUCCCCUUCUUUACUUCAGGUAGUUUGUGUGUGAGAGAGAGAGCAGUGCGAUGCCAAGCUGUCUGCUAGAUAUCCAUUGAUUGUGAUCAAAUAAAAUAAAAGGUGUGUUUUUUUCCACUCUUCUGUACGGGGAAUCUUUUCAUAAAAUAAUCAAAAGAAUCUGCUAAAUUAUUGUAAUCAAACUGCGAUUGUAGCGUGUGUUUAAAUGGGGUGAUAUUGUUUGAGACGCUUCCUGUCUUCUGGAGACUCUGCAGCUGCUCCUCAGACCAGAGAGCGCUCCUCUUGGUUUAGACAGCACAGCUUCCACGUCUUUCUCACGGUCGCUUUCUCUUUGUGUCGUUCUGGAGAACUCUUCUGUACUCAUCGUGUAUAUAAUCUCUUUAAAGAUAUGAACAGAGCAACACAAUAAACAAGGAGAACUGAC